AUGACCCGAACAAGCACACGCCGUACCUCAUCAACUCGCCAGAACAACCGCCGCGAGGCGUAGCCGCGAUCUCUCGCUAUGUCAAUACCUGUCGUGGUAGUUCAGCUCAUCCACACGAUUUGAAGGCGUUCAAACACACCGACCAAAGCUGUUCAACAGCAACUGGUCCAGCCUUAAGCGUGUACUUGAUCUCAUUCUACGACUUGCACGCGAGGAUGGCGCAGAGUCAAGAAGCCGAAUCAAUGGCUGGAUCGCCGAGCAGGUGGGCAACACUUUCGUACUUCUCGGAUUGAUUCUCCGGAUCCAAUAAAGCUACUGAAUACUUGCCUUAUCCGCGUGCAGGCCGACUCAAUCAUCGUUAAAGAGAUGAAGCGAACCAAGUGCGCCUUCGUCGCUAGCCAUGACUUGACUCCCGAAGUCCCCGCAUCCGAUAACAUCGACGCCCGGCUCGAUGCAAUCGCCGAAGACAACCCUUUAAUCAGCGGACGGGUUCGUACCUUGCUAUCACAAUGCGGAGACCCUCCACCGGCCGAGCCAAUCAAUCGCGACAAGGACCCAACAGCUUCCACUGAUGUCGAGAUGGAAGAAGCCACCCCGGAGAAUGGUUCCGAUCCGGGGCAAGAACAAGAGCCUGGUCACGAAAGAAAGCGUAUCGAGUUUGUGAGUGUUUCUGACCAUGGCUCGGCUGGGUAUCGCAGCGAACUGACACCAAAAACUUCAACACGCUGGCCGCAGCUUUACUGCAGUGUCAUGGGUCAGAUCGCAUUCGCUUGCAACCGAAGGAACAACGCCAUGCAGCAUCGCAACGGUCUCAUGACUCUCGCAUGUGGAGCGAACGACCGAUUGACAAUGUUUCUGUACGAUUGCGGCUUGACGACAUCUCGCUGGGCGACUCUCCAGGCAGCUGCGAGCUUGACGAAGGCGAAUUCGACGGAACUGAAGGAGAUUGGCUCGAACAAGUACUUCCAUGUGACCGUGGACAACAUCGACGUCACACAUCACGUCAACGAUCAGCAAUUGGAUCGACGGACCGAGCUGCUUCAUGGAACUUUUGGUUACGCCCACAUUCAGAACGGAGAUAUUGCCGGCGCUUACAACCUUCGAGCCUACUCUGCACAUCAAGCGUCUUUACCGCGAGUCAAUCUCCAGCAUCUCCUCCCAACUCCCCAAUCCGACUCGUCAUCUACGACCGGGAUAAAAGCUCAGAUAUAUCGAGCGCUUGCUCGACUGGUCCCUCAUCUUGGCCUCAGUCUUCUUGAUGCACACCACCCCCCUGUCCUCGUCAUGGACGGGCAACUUGACGCGCUCUCGAAAGGACUCGUUAGAGAUCAACUUUGCCCAAUCUGCAUUGUUGA